AUGGCAGAAGAGAUUAAGAACACGUCUACUGAACAGGCGGCCCCAAAACCCCCAACUUCCGCUGUUUUUUCUAUGUUUGGUGGCAAGAAAGCCGAGAAAAAUGAAGUCGAGAAAACUGAAGACAAGGAGAAAGAAGAGACGACUAACACCGAGGAAAAGAAGGCAGAUGAGGAAGCUCCGGAAUCACCAGAUGUGCACUUUGAGCCUGUCGUGACUCUCGAAAAAGUUGAUGUGAAGACGAUGGAGGAAGACGAAGAUGUUCUUUUUAAAGUGAGGGCGAAGCUCUUUAGAUUUGAUGGUGAAGCCAAAGAAUGGAAAGAGAGGGGAACCGGAGACGUCAAAUUUUUGCAAAACAAGGAGACCAAGAAAGUGAGGAUUUUGAUGAGAAGGGACAAAACUUUAAAGGUUUGUGCCAACCAUUUCAUUUCCCCCGAUUACGUUCUGAAGCCAAACGUCGGUUCUGACAGAUCUUGGGUUUAUUCUUGUACUGCCGACGUGGCCGAAGGCCCAGCUGAAGCUUUCACAUUUGCUAUUAGAUUUGGUAACAAGGAGAAUGCCGACAAGUUCAAGGCUGAAUUUGAAAAAGCUCAAGCCUUGAACAAGUGA